AUGGCCUUGACCAUCGCUACUUUGGCUGUUGCUGGGCUGGCUGCAGCCGCCCAUGCUGCUGAUCCCCCACAACCAACACCAUCAGAGCCCCCGUUCUCGUAUCCAGGAAUACCACCAUACAACGGGACGGGGCCCACGCUGCUCCGAUUUGGCUGCCACCAGGUUGUUGUUGACCGCAUCGACCCACUGGUCAACCCAGGUUCCAUUCCCUCGCCUCACCAGCACCAGAUUGUCGGCGGAGACGCCUUCAAUGCGUCUAUGCCAGUGUCCGACAUCAGCGACCUGUCGACUUGCACAACCUGCAGCUAUAGCGAUGACUUCUCCAACUACUGGACGUCCAACCUCUAUUUCAGAGCCCGCAACGGGAGCUACAAGCGUGUGCCUCAAAUUCCGAACCGCUUGUUCUUCGACGACGAGUUUACGACUCGGAUCAACGGCGGCAUGAUUGCCUACUAUGUGUCGCCUGGCAAGGGUGAGGUGAAGGCCUUUGAACCCGGCUUUCGCAUGUUCGUUGGCGACGCCGCCUUACGCUCUGAGCCCCAGGGCCGCUGGAACCUUUCGACGCAGAGCUGCUUCCGAUGCUACACUGGGCCAAACUGGGAGGGAGACGACUAUGCGCCGUGCCAGGAUGCUAAUGUCGAUACUCAACACCUCCCUAACCGUCCCUGUCACGGUAUCCGAACCAACGUUAUCUUCCCAACCUGCUGGGACGGCAAGAACCUAGACAGUCCCGACCACACGGCCCACGUCGCGUACCCCGUGGAAGGGCCGCAUGUGUUUGACGGCAUCGGUACCGCCGAGACGUGCCCAGACUCGCACCCCGUCAAGAUCCCGCAGGUCAUGUACGAGAUCGUCUGGGACACAUCGGGGUUCAAUGACCCCAACGAGUGGCCCGAAGACGGAUCGCAGCCAUUUGUCUUGAGUACCGGUGAUCGGACCGGGUAUAGCCAGCAUGCUGAUUACGUAUUUGGGUGGAAGGGAGAUGCGCUGCAACGGGCUAUGGAUGCUGGAUGCAUUGCGGCAAACUGUCCCGGUAUUGCGACGCAAACGGUGGAAAAAGCGGCCAAGUGCAAGGUGGCGGAAGUGGUGGGCGAGAACUAUGACGGCUGGCUCGACACUCUCCCUGGCAACCCCCCGCAACCUUCUGCGACCACUUCGACUUAG